AUGUAUCAUGACAAGCGGUUUCAGUUUGAGCAAUACUUUCCACUAGUUGCCUUCAAUCAUGAACAGAUCAAAAACAGUACAGCAGGAGGAUUUCUUCUUGCAGAGCAACAGAAAUUUCCAGACAUUGCCAAACGGAUACUGUCCAUUGAUGAAAGUGUGCUUGCACACCUGACAGAUAAGCUAAAGGACGGUCAUCAUUACAAGCCAGAGACACAGGCUGAGAAAGACUGCUACCAGCUCAUACAGGACAUUGACCAUGUUGCACAUAAAGUUCAGGGUUCAUUGACCAACAGAAAAUACAUGAGAAAUGAGAUAUGGGCUCUUACUUCAUAUCUUGGAGCACCCUCAUGGUUCAUUACAUUUGCACCAGCAGAUGUAAAACAUCCGCUUUGCCUGUAUUUUGCUGACACAAAUGAGACAUACAAGCCAGAACUAGUACUGGAUAGUGACACCCGUACAAGGUUAAUUGCUUCAAACCCAGUUGCUGGUGCACGCUUCUUCCAUGUUGUAGUGGAGCUAUUCAUCAAGCAUGUCUUAGGAGUGGGAGCUGCUCAUCCUGGGCUAUAUGGUGAAACUGCAGCAUGCUAUGGCACUAGACCGUAUCAUGGAUCCCAACUCUGA